AUGGGGACGAAGAAACAUCGGCGGUCCAGGUCUCUGUCUGGCUCUAGGGAAAGAAAUAAGAGUAGGGUAUUCAGAUCACGAUCUCCGGAGGACAGACACGAAAGAAACCGACAUGUAGAAAGUUCUCGAAGAAGAGCUCGGUCAGAGAGCAGCGGGUCGAGAAGCAGUGGCGCUUCCAGAGAGCGAAGACAGAGAGCAGCUGCCCGCUCGAGCGAUUCCGACAGCGACAACCGGCGGAGGAGACCCCGCUCUCGUGGAGGAUCUAGAGACAGAGACAACUCACCGUUUGAUGACCAUGGUAAAAAGAAACACAAGAAGAAGAGUGAAAGGAAGGAGAAACGAGAGCACAAGCAGAGCAGAAGUUCGUCUCGUUCCAGCACACGCUCCAGCGCAGAGAGACGGCGCGUGAGGGACGGAGACAGCAGCGACAGAGACAGGAGGAGGAGACGGAGGAGCGCUGAGCGCAGGAGCCCCAGCAGAGAGAAACGGCGGGAGCGAGAUGAUGAGGGGAGGAGAAGCAGAGGGAGGGAAAAGAGGAGCGAGGACAGGGACUGGAACAGGAGGAGGAACGAUCGUGAUGACAGCAGGGAGAGACAUCAGAAAAGGAGGUCACGCUCGGGUUCGUCGGUGUCCUCCGCGUCCUCUGUUUCUGAGCAGGGUGACAAAAAAGAAGGACCAGUUGCUCUGUCGGUCAAGGAGGAGCAGAAGAAACAGAAGGAGCUGAUGAAGGCUUUGGAGACUCCAGAAGAGAAGAGAGCUCGUCGGCUGGCUAAGAAAGAGGCAAAAGAGAGGAAGAAGCGUGAGAAAAUGGGCUGGAGUGAAGAGUACAUGGGAUACACUAAUGCAGAUAACCCGUUUGGAGAUAAUAACCUUUUGGGCACCUUCAAAUGGCAGAAGGCUCUUGAGUUGAAGGGAAUAGGGCACUUGGGUGAAAAAGAGCUGAAGGAGAGAAACAAGCUUAUCCAGGAGGAGAAUCGCAGGGAGCUGCAGAAGGUGAAGCAGUUACGUCUGGAGCGAGAACGGGAGAAGGCCAUGCGUGAGCAGGAGUUGGAGAUGCUGCAGAGAGAGAAGGAAUCUGAGCAUUUUAAAACCUGGGCAGAGCAAGAGGACAACUUUCAUCUGCAUCAGGCCAAGCUCAGGUCUAAGAUCCGCAUCCGAGAUGGCCGAGCCAAGCCCAUUGACCUGCUGGCCAAAUACAUCAGCGCUGAGGAUGAUGACUUGUCUGUAGAGAUGCAUGAACCGUACACCUUCCUGAACGGACUCACCGUCACAGACAUGGACGACUUGCUGGAGGACAUCAAGGUGUAUAUGGAGUUGGAGCAGGGGAAGAAUGUGGAUUUUUGGAGAGACAUGACCACUAUCACAGAAGAUGAGAUCAGUAAACUGCGCAAACUCGAAGCUUCAGGGAAAGGGCCAGGUGACCGUCGUGAGGGUAUCAACACUUCGGUGAGUACAGAUGUGCAGUCUGUGUUCAAAGGUAAGACGUACAGCCAGUUGCAGGCGCUGCACAUGAACAUAGAGAGUAAGAUCCAGGCCGGCGGCUCGAACCUGGACAUCGGUUACUGGGAGAGCCUGCUGCAGCAGGUGCGAGUCUACAUGGCACGGGCAAGACUGAGGGAGAGGCAUCAGGAAGUCCUCAGGCAGAAACUCUAUAAGCUGAAGCAGGAGCAGGGGGUGGAAAGCGAACCACUCUUCCCCAUUAUCAAAGAGGAACCCGAGGCUGAGAAUCCAGUUACAAAUGAGGAGCCUUCUAGAUCGUCUCCCUCAAAGGCUGCGGCCGAGUCGCCUGAGGAGGCGGAGGAGAGAACAGAGCAGGAGAAAGAGAGUGGAGACGAGAGGCCAGGGCCGAGCUCCAGAGCAUCUGCGGAGAAGGAGGGAGGCGAGGGAGGAGGAGAAGGGGGCGAUGAGGAGGGAGAGAAAAGCGGAGGAGUGGAGGCUGUGCUGACCGAGGAGGAUCUGAUCCAGCAGAGCCAGGCCGAGUACGACUCGGGCCGUUACAGUCCUGCGCUCCUGCAGCCCUCCGAGCUCCCGCUCGACACGCACGUUGUGGAUGCUGAGGAAGACCUCCAACGCCUGCAACUCGCCCGCAGACAGCUGCAGGUCACGGGCGACGCCAGCGAGAGUGCAGAAGACGCGUUUGUGCGACGUGCAAAAGAGGGCAUGGGGGGUGACGAGGCCCAGUUCAGCGUAGAGAUGCCCCUGACUGGGAAAAUGUACAUGUGGGCUGACAAGUACCGGCCACGCAAACCUCGCUUCUUCAAUCGCGUGCACACAGGCUUCGAGUGGAACAAGUACAACCAGACGCACUACGACUUCGACAACCCGCCACCCAAAAUCGUCCAGGGUUACAAGUUCAACAUCUUCUACCCGGACCUGAUCGACAAGCGCUCCACGCCGCAGUACUUCCUCGAGCCGAGCCCCGACAACAAGGACUUUGGCAUCCUGCGUUUUCAUGCCGGGCCGCCCUACGAGGACAUCGCGUUCAAGAUCGUCAACCGCGAAUGGGAGUACUCGCAUCGACACGGCUUCCGCUGCCAGUUCGCCAAUGGCAUCUUCCAGCUGUGGUUUCAUUUCAAGCGCUAUCGCUACAGGAGAUGAGGGGCUGACGCUCAAGUUUGAAGACAUCUGGACAAAUGGUUACAUGAUGAAUCUUCCUAUGUGAAUUCUACUUAUGUUAAAUCUACUUUCACCUUGUAGUGCAGCAUUUUCAGAAUAUUGUUCUGUAUGAAAUGAAUGUAAAACCGUGAUGUUGCGUAAAUAAAAAUUAUCUUUACACCAGGCCUCGUGAGAAUAAGAGUAAUUUGAAAGAAACGGGUGAACGUAUGAGAACAUCGGCCCCUGUACUGAAAGUGAUGGAAAAGCAAAUUCUGUAUAUUUUUUUGGUAUUUGAUCGAUUAUUCUCAAAUGAUCAUAUUCCAGUGUUUGUCUUUCUAUGAUUUUGCAACAAUAAAAAUCUUUUCUUAA